GCUUCCGUUACUCGAGCCACAACACGGACCUGAUAUACAUAUGUUUUCCAUUGCAUGUGGCACUUACGAUGGCUCUUUGUUCGUAUUGACCUAUGAGCAUGAAAACAACGAUGUCGAAGGUGCAAAGAUUUUAAAACCCGUACUACUUGAUCCUAAUGCCCACAACGGCCCCGUGGGUGGGAUUGCAAUAUCCAAUUCGACGGUCGUUUCCGGUGGCGAGGAUGGUAUUAUUCAGGUUUUCUCGCUGGAAGCCAGUGCCCGCCUUGGAUCUCUGGAGGUUCAUAUGAGCGCUAUCAAACACCUGGCGUUCGCACCGACUCUCCCGGGCAACCGGAUCCCCCAUAUAGUGAGUACGUGUGAAGACGGUGGAAUGGGUAUAUGGCGCCAAGUAUCCAGUGAUUCGUGGGAAUGCAUCCGGUUUUUGCGAAAACACAAAGGCGCUGUUCUGAGUGUGACCAUCCAUCCUUCCAGCCGGUGUGCCUUUACGAUUGGAGAGGACAAAACUUUCAGAAUUUGGAACCUGAUGCGCGGACGAGAAGCCCAUGUGACACAUCUGAAACGAGUCGAUUCCACUGUUCAUACUGCUAUAAUAUCUCCCAGUGGAAAACGACUGUUGCUGCUUCGACCGGAUCGAGCCGAUCUCAUCGACAUGCACGAGUGUGAUAACCACUGUUUGGGGAGAAUAUCUUUACCGUGUCCAUGGACCAGCCCCUGUUUUUUCAACGAAGAUGACAUCGACUCUCAAGACAAAGGUGGCGCGGCAACAGACAUGUUUGUACACCUUGUCUCCGGAUGUGGUUGUAACCUACAGGCUUUUCGAUGUCUUAUCAGCCCCCAGGAGUCUCGGACACAAGGUGAGAUUGAAAGCUUUGGAAGCAUCAGACUCCCUGGCAAGCGAAUAAAGGCAAUUGUCGUGGCCUCCUGGUUGGACUCACACGCACGCUCUCGACUGAUUGUCACCGCUGCAACAGAUGCCAGCGGUAGCUACAUACGAGGUCACGCAGUCAAUAUGGAUGUUCCACUUGAUUAUGGGCAUUCGGUCAUCCCCGUGUUCACUUACGACGUAGCGAACGUUCGAGUUACCGCUGUUUCGGCAGCGUGGACAAAUGCUGAAUGUUGCGAUGAAACAGAAUGACAGUAAUGACAUAUUUCCAGAAGCCCGAAUGUUUUUUUGGUAGUAAAACUGAUAGAUCACCGGGGAUCACUAUGCGGACAGAUUGUGGCGCGCAGUACCACUCUGGAUUGCGUAUUACUUCGAAGCACAAACUUCGGUUAAUUCGACGAUUGGUCUCGUAUGUGAAGCAUAUUGACACUGUGCAUCGCAAUCCUUUCACAUGACAAGUGCUUGAAAGUGAC